AUUUUGAAAGCUACCAACCGGAAGUGUAGCUGCCUGGUAGAUCGCUGCUAUCUUUAUGCUAGUCUGAAAAGCCCACGAUCACUUCUGAAGGACGGAAAGAAACACAGCCAGUGCUCGGAACUCUUUGCUAUCUUUUUUGGUAUCAGGGGGGGAAUCCCAUCAGCAGGUAAGUUGUGAGCUGUGUCUCCUCGUCCCGGUUGUAGCCCCCUGUGUUGUGUGGCCUAUUGUGGUUUGAGGCCGUAUUGCUGUCGUCCAGUCUGAGCCGCUCUCUUUUCGCAGGGAAACAUCACGUAUGGCGCUCUUUACUUCGAAACGGUUUACGAAGACCCGCGCCUGUCAUGAUAAUUUCCCACAUUUAAAGGGAAAUAUUCACAGUUAUUCGGAUUUUACCUCUACAGAAAAACUAAGAGCUGUAUUUUCCUUCCCUCGACCUUUAUUUUCCUUCAUGAAUAGGCCCUGGGAGAGAUUUCUGGGCGUUGAGAUGUUCAUAGUGAAAGAUAUUUUCUGUUAUAGCCAGUUUGUUGGAGAUUGAGGCACACACCCCCUUUAAUUCAAAACUUGGAGGAGGAAUUGGAGCUACUUUCCUGAUGAACUUGUUGGCGUUGUAAAUCGGUUGAUCGUCGCUAUAUAGUCCAGGAUUGUGUUAUGAGAGUGUGAAAGUGAGGAGCAGAGGUGGAAAUCAAAGAUAUUUGCUGUUAUUUACACGGACAGUCUUGUGUGUUUGCACGCUGGCUCCGCCGCUGGAGCCGCCGCCGCAGUGAAAUCCUGGCCCUGUUAUCAUGGCUGUAAUAGCUCUAUCAAGGCGUCGCAGAACAUUGCUUUUGUGAUUAAAAACAGAAAAGAAAAGAAAAACACCCACUUUGCUUUGUGGCUCAGAAAAGACUGAUUGUGUGUAUAAUUCUCAUAUUUGAUCUAGACUGUCUGUAGCUCCUGAGGUGCAUCACUGACGCAAUGAAACAGGCUAUCUCUGCAAAUGACAGCACAAAUUUGGAGGUUGUAUCUACUCAUACAAGAUAAAGCCUCUCUUUUUUGUUUUUAAGAAGGAAAAUAAGAUACACACAUAAUUCAAUACAGCUGUAACUUAAGGAUAUCAAUACAUAUAUUUGAGCAUCCGAGUGCCAGCUUUUGUGUAAGACUUUCUGCUUAUCACAGCAGGCUACACAAUCUAAAACAUUUCAUAUCUAAUUUAAUUUAAUUCUUUAAGUUGUGCAUUGGACAUGUUGUAGUGUGGCAGGGUAUUUGUGCAACAUGAGAAGCAUAUCUUAUCAUUCUACAGUAAGACAAAUAAAAACAUCUACUCAUGGGGUUUUUAUAUGAUGGACAUAUGUCUUGGAUGACUGUUCAGUCUUGUUAAUUUGGCAACUUCCACAUUAAACAUUAACAAACUAUACAUCAUCGAUUGAUAAUCCUUCUCAAUCAUGAGCAGGUUCUUGAAUGAUCUCAGCAAUGAUCAGCUGUUUUAGCACAGGUUUGUUUGAGUGUGGUUCACAUACAGAAGCUCUCCAUCGGUCAUUGGAGGUGUCAAAGGUAAAGGAAGAGUCGCACAGUCGUCCUAUAACAGAUUUGAGCCCCACAUAUGAUGUCAAGGGCUUUUCCUGUAUGAGCAGUUGUUCAAUUUUGGAUGCGUCGUUUCUAGCAGUUUUGGGGAAAGAGUUUGUGAUAGCUUCUGCCCAAAAGGUUUUAUUCAUUGUUCCAUAAUAUUCAUAUUAAGUGGGCGAAGAAGCAGAUUUCUGGGGCACAGUUUCCCUUAAUUUACUUGAACAUUUGGCAGCCAGUAUGCAAUUUACAAAGAUUUAUGCUUUUGUAAAAUAGAUUCGCUGCUGGACCACUCGAAACUCUGUAAGCUUGCUGCUAAUGUGUAAGAUCACCAAACUUAUCAUAUACAUUGCCAAUGGCUCAGAGCAUCAUAAAUCUAUGGGUUAAAAAUUCCUCCAGGUAGAGUCAGGUGUGAGCUGUGAUAAUAAACUGGAUUAUGAGCAUACAGAGAAGUAUCUAUGAUGUGAUGAGGCUGUGGUGCUUAAUGACACUGCUCCUAAUAAUGACUCUUUAAACAGGCGUUUAUCAUCAUUUUUACUGCAAAAUAAACUUGUCCUUCUCUCCUUGAUUUGUUUUAACCAAAGACUCUGGCCAAAAGAAGCCUUUGGAAAUGUCAGGACAGAGAAAAGGAGCUGCAGCUAAGCUGCCCAAAUGUGCCUUCUGUAGAACCAACUGGGAUAAGGAGUGCGGGCAGCUGCUGGUGUCUGACAGCCAGAAGGUGGCAGCCCACCAUAAGUGCAUGGUGAGAAGAGCACAUUGUUCUCAGCCCUUUUUUCGCCUGUGGUUCUUUAAGACAGUUUCUUCUCACAUCUCCAGAAGUGUGAACUGUUCAGACGAGCUAACCUGUGGAUUUUUUCAUGUUUUGUUGUUCCAUAGGUUGGUAUUGUCAAAGAGUGUAUAUGUCAAAAAAUAAACUGUGAUUUUUUAAAUUCUUUUAGCACAAGUUAAGUUUAUCACUGUGAAGUUAGCUCUGCUGCUGAUGAAGCAAGUACAAUCUGUUAAUACCGACACUGUUUGGUAAAAUUGAAACCAGCAGAAUGAAGAGGAAUUACAGCAUAGAUAUUUUCAUUUUCAUCAUCAUAAGAAAAAAAUGCAUAAAUGAAGUAAUACUUUGAAAAUGAAUGUGCUUUGCAGCUUUUCUCCUCUGCCUUGGUCACAUCUCCCUCAGACAGUGAAAACAUUGGGGGAUUUUCCAUCGAGGAUGUGAAAAAAGAGAUCAAGAGGGGAAAUAAACUGGUAAGUCACCUCUGCCCCUCACAGUUUGGAGUUCAUUAGAGGAGUGGAAGAGGAAUACUGGAAGACAAGAUGGUUGAGCUUUCAGUGAUAGGACACCAUAGCUACUAUUAAAUGUAAAUGUACUUCUUAUUGAUAUCACAAUAUUGAACAAUGAUUUCGGUCGUUGCUUUUAUUUUGAUGUCAGAAUAGCUGUUAGAGAGCUGGGUCACAGUAAUACAGAAGACCACUCUUUACUUCAGUUGACUAAUUGUACACAAAAAACACACUGCAUUUCUUGGAUAGAAUUUCCAGUUGUUUUUUUAACAUACUUAAGUGGAACCAUCACUGAAGCUACUUUGAAUUCUUAGUAACAAUUCAUAAGAGUGUUACAUGCAAUGAAACAUGCUGUUUCUAGAAUGUGUGGUUCUUCAAAUUGUAGAUUCUCAAUUGAUUUUGUCUUGACUUGUAUUCUUUGUGAUCAUGGUGCGCUGCUCAUAGUGUCACAUCAGGUCUCUCUUGUGUCCUAUCUCUCCUUCGGUCUUAUCUGUCUGAGGUUUAGGAUUCCAUGUUUUGAUGAAUUUACAGGUUUUUGCUCUCUGGUCAAUAUACUGUAUAUUGUUCCAUAUAUUUAAGGUGCAAUGCUUAUGUAUGUUUCCUAUACCUAUUCUUUCAUAUUUAAUCCGUGUAUACAUUUUAGGGUUGAUCUCUAUUUCAAAGAGAUCAUGAACGCUGACUCGAUGAAUACUGGAUGUGUAACUUAUCCUGCAGCCCAUUAAAGUUGACUUUCCUGCUGAUGUGUAGCUCCUCUCUGGGCUUUCUUGUGUGCUUCUUUGCUCUUGUAAAUAUAAGGUGGUUUCUUUCUUUCAUCUGAAAUUUCCCACAGCAGAGAUGACAGUCUUAUGAUGUUGUUAUUUUUGACAGUUUUUCUGCUAGUGACAUGUCAUCUCUUGAAAAUCUGUAUUAUUAAUACCGUAAUUAUACAAUCACAUUAAAUCCUUAGUACACAGUUAUUUCAAAUGAACGUAAAAAUGUUGUGUUUUGGAAUAAGUAAUAUCCAGAAUGAUGAAGGUCUGUUUCUUUCAGAUGUGCUCUUCGUGUCACAGACCAGGUGCUACAAUCGGCUGUGAUGUGAAGACGUGCCGGAGGACGUAUCACUAUUACUGCGCUGUGAAGGAUAAAGCCCAGAUCAAAGAGAAUCCCUCUCAAGGGAUUUACCUGUAAUUCACUUUGCCUUUUUGUUUUGCAAUAUCUUAAUCUACUACAACAAAAAAAUAAAGAUGUUUCUCUGUUGCAUUGGAUAAAAAUGUAUUUAUUUUUGCUCCAAAACAGUGUAUACUGCCGCAAACACCGGGAUGCAUCUCAUGAUGGACUUCAAGGUGAGACAUGCUUUAAACCGUCUGUGCACCAUGACACCCAGGCCACAUAAAUUCAGCUUGCUUUAAUUAUAUAACCUUAAGGAAACUGUUGCUGCCCAGUUGUCCAUCAAUGAGAAAUGUUCUUCAAUGCUACACUGUAAAACCACAGAUGGAGAGGAAGGGGUGGCCAAUGACUCCGACACAUCACCUCCACAAAGUAGAGGCAGGGGAAGGUUUGACAAGGGGAGAGCCAAGGUUGGAUCUCGUGGCCAAUCAGAAGACACCCGCUCUGCCUCCUCGCAGGCUGCAGAUGAAGAAAGUUCCUCCCAUGUAAGGCAACAUAUUUGAUCACUCAAUAUAAAUGUGAAAUUUACUCCCUUCACUGUACGUGUUCUAAGUGUUGCGUUAUAAUGUAGCGGGACAGGUCCCCUCUGCGGGCUAGUCCAGGUGAUGGAGGCCAGCGCUGCGGCUUUUGCCACGCAGGUGAUGAAGAGAAUGAAACAAGGGGAAUGCUUCAUACUGAUAAUUCUAAAAAGGUGGCUGCACACUACAAAUGCAUGGUAAGGCUGUUACUUUGGGGUUUUUGCGACACAUGUGCCUUGACAAUAGUCUUCCUCACAUCUCUUGUAAUGUGUUGAUCCCUCUUAGCUUUUCUCAUCGGGGACUGUGCAGCUGACCACAACAUCACGAGCCGAAUUUGGGAACUUUGAUGUGAAAACAGUCAUCCAAGAAAUAAAGAGAGGAAAAAGAAUGGUGGGAACGUUUGCUGUUCAUUUUAACCGGGUUUUUAAACAGUUUGACAUUUAUUUCAUUGUGUCACAAAAUAAUGUUGGUUUUAAUUUGUUUUUCCUUCCAGAAAUGCACACUCUGCACUCAGCUGGGUGCGACCAUUGGGUGUGAAAUCAAGGCAUGUGUCAAGACCUAUCACUAUCAUUGUGGCCUGCAGGACAAAGCCAAGUACAUUGAAAACAUGGCGCGUGGCAUCUACAAGUGAGCUCUACUUUCCAGAGAUAAUCCUGCAAUCACUGAAAGACUGUCAAGUUUUACAUGUGACUGCCAGGAAUAUGUUUCUUUUAAUUCCUCAAAUGCUUUUAUAGCGUAGAAUUAAAGGUGAAGUCCACCAGAAAUAAACCUAAAGCCUUGCCUGAAAACUGUGAAGUCUAAACAACUUCACUUUCCCUUACUGAGCUUUGAAAAAAUCAUGAUCCCAACCUAAUUUCACCAUCUUGAAAACCUAAUGUGUGUAUUUUUUAUUCUUAGACUAUAUUGUAAGAACCACAGUGGCAACGAGGAGAGGGAUGAGGAAGACGAGGAGCGAGAGAACCGCAGUCGAGAGAGAGCAGCAAUUGACCAUGGGGGAACACCAUCAAUGCAAGUCAACGGCAACUAGGUACAUUUAUCGUGAAAUUUACUUCUUAAAAAAAAAAAAAAAAAAAAAGCUUGAGUUAAACAGGAGUCAUUGGGUUUGAAGAGCAUCCUGCUAAUUUAUUGAUGCUGUUCUUUCAGGUUGGCCUUUUGGACACAACCUGGGUGAAAACAAGGAUUCAAAGACGAGGGAGUGAAACGUUUUAUACUAUAUCUUAGCCUACUCACAAAGUCGUGCUCUUCAAGCCUCUACAGUUUGUAUGCACGGCUUCUUCCAGUAAAUGGACGGGAUGCCCGAAUAGCCUCCAGAUGUUGUCUACAUUAAACCUUUUUUGAGUUUUUUCACUGGUGGUUCUGUGCAGAGCUCUGGACUUCUGCAGGAUCAUGAAGAGCGAACUCUAAACUUCUGGAGAGUCAAGUUCAGGGGGCCAAUUUCAAACACUUGUAUCAUUGCAGUGAAUAAGAUCUGAUGGACUGAUCUUUUGAUUGUCACUUACCACACAUGCUCCCAAGGACUACAUGACCCACACUUGCUGAAGUCAAUACAUUCUUGCUCUUCCUUAGAUCCCAAAGGACUCCCUUUUAAGAGGGGUCUGUUUUGUUACUAGUCUAUAAAGUUGUGCAGUUUGAUUACUUUGUUUCUGUAAUCAUGUCUUAAAAUACUCUUUUGAUGUUAGCCUUUUUCUUGAUAUGUAAUAUUUUGCUACUGUAUCAUCAUGAGUAACUUUGAAUAUCUGGAUUUCAGACAGUCACAGUAACAAGUUUUGCCAGCAUGCACUUGUACUUUUCCACUGUUAAAGGUGGCUUUUUUUAUUUAGCUGCUUAAGAGCAAAGUAGAGCUCUUUGGAAGAGUUGGCUUGACUUUCUUUGAUGUACUUGUUACUUGUGUCUCUACAAAUGUACCCAUGGAUGGUUGGAAAUAGAAAUGAUUUUAUUUUACACAUUUUAUGAGAGAAUUGAAUCUUGUUUUUUUUGUUUGUUUUUUUUUUCAAAUGUGUUUAUAUCCCACUGAGCAUUUUUAGGUCUAAAAGAGGUCUAAUAGAUAUCUAAAUGUAGCCUAGAUUACUGGUCUAAAGUCAGGCUACCACGGGUCUAAAAAUGAAAGUUUUUUAGAUGUCUAAAUUUAGACCAAGUUUAGACUAAAUCUAAAUCUGGGCUAUAUCUAUACUACACUGUAUAUUGCUCAACAGCUAUCAUAAUUAUUUUGGUUAAGUACUUGGAGAUCAGUUAUGCAACUCACAGUUGGUUUUUGAAGUAAAUAGUUAUUGAAUAAUGGGUUACAGUGCAAUGUCUAAAAAUAUACAGAAUUGGGUCUAAAAAAAACUAGACGUCUAAUAGCCAUCUAUUGCUCAGUGGGAUACUUCUCAAUGCAUAAAGCAGUAGUCAUGGCAGGUGAUGGUAAGUUUAAAAGGUUUUGAUGUUCGAAGUGUGAGAAAUUCGGAACAAGCGACAAUGUCAGACA